GCCGAAGGCUGCGCUCGGGUGGUCCCCCGGCACCCGCUGCCCAUGGUGGCCCGCGUCUCCAAGGUGAACAUCCUGCCCUUCGGCAGCCCCGGCGGGUCACGCAGCAGCAGUCGCUAUUCCAGCACGGAGACGCUGAAGGAAGAGGAGCAGUUUGGAGUCUGCUGGCCCGGCCAAGGACGGGCUCUCCAGGCGGGUUACGGUAUCUAUCGAUCGCCCAGUUUUGGGGCCAGCGAUGGCCUGGCCUGGGGACAGCCGGGCAUCCGCGUCCGGCCCAAGCUGCCCCAGAGCGUGGCCAAGGCAAAACCGGACUAUGGGAGCGAGAGCCUGCACCAGCCGGGGCUGGAAGGGGAGCGGGCCAAGCACCGCAAGUCCUUGUCCAACCCCGACAUCGCCACCGAGACCCUGACUCUGCUCAGCUUCCUCAAAUCGGACCUCUCAGAGCUGAAGGUGAAGAAGAAGGGGGUGAGGAUCGGCCUUGACGUGGGCUCUGAUGGAUGCUCCAGCGGUGCCAGCCCUUCCCCAGGCGGCUGCGGUGCCGCUCAUCCCCAAACCCGCUGGGCGCCGGGCGAGCGGCCAACGCUCAAGGACCUGACGGCCACUUUGCGUCGCGCCAAGUCCUUCACCUGCUCCGAAAAAUCCGGGACACGGCGGCUCUUCCUGCAGAGCACCAUGAAGCAGAGCUCCUCCGAGCUCCUCCUGGCCUCUACGGACAGCCAGGACCGGGUGGCUCCAGGUGGGGGACAGCAGGGCGACGAGGAUCCUCUCCCCAUGGUCAUCCAGGACCAGUACAUCCAGGAGGCAAGGCAGGUGUUUGAGAAGAUCAGCAGGAUGGGUUCCCAGCAGGACUACGGCUUUGCCGCCGAGCAGAAGGACAGCGGAGGUGUGGAGGGCGCUGAGGUGGUGGCACCGACGACGGGGACGACGGACACGACCCUUCGGGGACAGGUGGAGAGCACGCGGUGUUUGAAGGACGUGGAGCUGGAGGAGAACCUCCCUCACAGUAAAUCCGUGGAGGAGCUGUCGGGUCACGAGUCGAGCGUGACGGACGAGGGCAUCGUCACGGAGCCGGAGCCCGUGGGGAUGCCCUUCCAAGGCCUGCACGAGGCUGUGGACGCCUGGAUGCUGCCCAGUGCCGGGCCGGCAGCGGGCGGCUCUGAAACGCCGCUGCCCGCUCACCCAGUGGCGGUGGCUGAAGACCUUCCAGCUGGCAAAGCCGAGACGCCCAGCACCCCUGGCAGCCUGCGGCGCCGACGUAAGUUCCCGUCAGCGGGCGCCAAUGGGAUGGAGGGCGGCAGCGAGGGUGGCACCGAGCCCUACCGCUCCCUCAGCGACCCCAUGCCUCACCGGAGGCGCUCGGUGGCAGAGGAGGCCAAGAAUUUCUCUGUGGACAGCAACCUGCUGGGCUCGCUGAGUGCCAAGGCGGGCAUCCCCCAGCCGGCCGCCAUCGCGGGCAGCGCGGGCAGCGCGGGCAGCGACCUGUCCCUGGGCAGCGAUGGGCCCCGCGACUACAGCAGCCUCAUCCGCACCAUCGUCAGCCAGCCCGGCGCCAUGGCCAAGCUGGGCGACGACAAGGCCAACGGCAAGACCAUCAAGAAGAAGUCGCUGAGCGACCCCAGCCGCCGUGGCGAGCUGGCACCCGGCGCCUUCGAGGGUCCCGGUGAGGCCAUCAGCGAGCUGGAGGCCAGCAUUCCCCCGUCCAGCAGCGAGCCCAUCCUCUCCGCCCAGCCCGCGGCACCGGGCGCCGGCCGCGGCUACGGCUUCGACCCCAAGCUGGCUGAGGUGCUGUCCCCUCGCGUGGCCCGCCGCAGCUCCAAGAAGCGCUCCAACCGCGCCGCUCACCAGGAGAACCAGCCGCCCCCCGCGCCCGCCGUCCUCGCCAAGGGCCGCCCGGCCGCCAAGCACGUGCGGCACACCAGCGAGCCCGCCACCUUCGUCCCCAUCGCCGUCCCCGAGCCGCUCGUCCCCUCCGGCCACCACGGCCACCACCUCCCUGCGCCGGCCGCCGGCCGCUCGCCCGGGAAAUCCUUGCCGAGCCUGCAGCCUCCUUCGCUGGAGGAUGUCACCAAGCGGUACAUGCUGGCCCUCAACUCAGGUGACACGUCCCCCGCUGCCGGGGAUGGCCCCCGCUCGCCGCCCGCUGCCCCACCGCCCCGGCUGCCCCGCUGCUCGCGGCUGCCCGACGAACACGGCCCCAGGAGCAAGCCGCAGGUGGACAUGAGGAAACACGUCAUCAUGACCCUGCUGGACACCGAGCAGUCCUACGUGGAGUCCCUGCGCACCUUGAUGCAGGGGUACAUGAAGCCGCUGAAGCAGCCGGAGAACUCCCUGCUCUGCGACCCCUCGCUGGUGGACGAGAUCUUCGACCAGAUCCCCGAGCUGCUGGAGCACCACGAGCAGUUCCUGGAGCAGAUCCACGACUGCGUGCAGAACUGGCACGAGAAGCAGAAAGUGGGCGACCUCCUGGUGCAGUCGUUCUCCAAGGAUGUGCUGGUGAACAUCUACUCUGCCUACAUCGAUAACUUCCUCAACGCCAAGGACGCCGUCAGGAUCGCCAAGGAAGCCCGGCCGGCUUUCAUGAAGUUCCUGGAGCAAAGCAUGCGGGAGAACAAGGAGAAGCAGGCCCUGUCAGACCUGAUGAUCAAGCCUGUGCAGAGGAUCCCGCGAUACGAGCUGCUGGUGAAGGACCUGCUGAAGCACACGCCCGAGGACCACCCCGACCACCCGUUCCUCAUCGACGCCCAGCGCAACAUCAAGCAGGUGGCAGAGAGGAUCAACAAGGGCAUGAAGAGCGCCGAGGAGGUGGAGAGGAACGCCCGCAUCGUGCAGGAGAUCGAGUCCCACAUCGAAGGGAUGGAGGAUCUCCAGGCUCCGCUCCGCAGGUUCCUGCGCCAGGAGAUGGUGGUGGAAGUGAAGGCGGUGGGUGGGAAGAAGGACCGCUCCUUCUUCCUCUUCUCGGACCUGCUGGUGUGCACCACGCUGAAGCGCAAGUCGGGCUCGCUCCGCCGCAGCUCCAUGAGCCUGUACACGGCAGCCAGCGUGAUCGACACCGCCAGCAAGUACAAGCUGCUCUGGAAGCUGCCCCUGGAGGAUGUGGACAUUGUCAAAGGUGCCUCGCAGGCCACCAACAGGGAGAGCAUCCAGAAGAGCAUCAGCCGCCUGGAUGAAGACCUCAACACGCUGGGGCAAGUCAGCAAGCUGUCAGAGACCCUCAGCUUCCCCCACCAGGGCCUGGAUGACGUGAUCAAGGACCUGAUGGCCGCCAUCCACCGGGAGCUGUCGGAGAAGCAGUCCCUGUCCUUCAGCAUGGCCUUCCCCCCCAACAAGGUGGAGCUCAGCACCACCAAGGCUGACGGCACCGAGUCCUUCAUCUUCGAGUUCCCCAACCCCGACGCCCGGCUCGGCUUCGAGCAAGCCUUCGAGGAUGCCAAGAAAAAGCUGGCCUCCAGCAAAAACUGCCUGGACCCAGAGUUCCUCAAAGCCAUCCCCAUCAUGAAGACGCGGAGUGGGAUGCAGUUCUCCUGCGCCUCUCCCAGCCACGGCAGCCCGGAGAGCUCGCACGAGGUUUGGGUUUGCAACAGCGACGGCUACGUGGGGCAGGUUUGCCUGCUGAGCAUCCGCAAGGAGCCCACGGUGGAGGCCUGCAUCGCCGUCUGCUCCNGGGAACACAGACAGGACAAGGGGAAACAGCCCCAUCAAACAGUGCCAGGGAAGGUUCGGGUUGGGUAG